AUGGUAUUUAGUUCUGCAAAGGCUGCUCGACAAUGUGCUACCACCCUCAAGGCCGCCUCGAUGCGGCACUCUGUUGUGGAGGUAGUUGAAUUCGUCAUGUCUCCUGCCUCCGAUCUUGGAGAUGGAACAGCGUAUUGGGCUCAGUUCUCGGCGACUUUAUUCCCGGAUGAACUGUGGAGUGAGGCCAUGGCCUUCUGGCGCGACACUGGUACCGGUAUUUCCACACGACAGGCUCCUUUCUGUCUUGAGGAAUUAUGCUACCUGGAGUCCAAGUCCUCCAACCCAGCAUACCAAACCUCAUCUCCAUGCAAAAGGGAGAACCAACCCAGCUCCCAACUCCACACAUCAGUGCGCUCGACCCUAGCUAGCGAAACCGCAGUAAAAUCCCAUAUUGCCCAGUUAGUUACCUCUGAGCAGCCAGGACAACCCCCCGUGCAGCCGGGAGAUGUUUUCCUGUACCCAAAUGGGACAAACGCUAUAUAUUUAUUAUCGCAGAUGUUGGCCUCUUCCAAGGCCGAGCCCACAGUUGUGGCAUAUGGGUGGCUAUAUCCCGAGACUGUCAAGGCACUCCACCGAUGCGCUUGGACAGAAUACAUCUCAUAUAAAUACGGAACGGAGGAGGAGUUGGAUCAACUGGAGAGCAUGCUUGCAUCGGGUCGACGGAUUGAUGCACUGUUUUGCGAGCUACCCAGCAACAUUAAACUGUCGUCACCCAACAUCUUCCGGAUCCAGGCCCUUGCAGAACGCUAUGGUUUUAUCAUAGUUUGCGACGACACAGUUGCCGGUUAUGUGAAUAUCGAUGUUCUUCCAUACGUGGACGUUAUAGUCUCAAGUCUGACAAAGUCUUUUAGCGGAGCCUCUAACGUCACUGGAGGAGGCCUUGUGGUCAAUCCCGGUUCUCGUCAUUUCAGUAGAAUCCAUGCCACCCUAUGUGCGGAGUAUGAGAGUACCUUCUUCCCGAUGGAUGUUGACGUACUCCGGAACAACAGCAAGGACCUGGUCAGGCGGAUGAAGCGAUGCAGCGACAGCGCACUUUCUCUGGUGGAUCUAUUCCAAAGCCAUCCAUCAAUCGCUCAGGUCAACCAUCCUUCCACAUCAUCAACGGGGUCUUUGUACAGGCGCCUGAUGCGCGAAGGCGGUACUUACGGCAAUGUCCUGAGUGUCGUCUUCCGGGAACCACGCAAUGCAGAACAUUUUUAUAAUACCCUGAAUGUGUGCAAGGGCACAAGCUUUGGAGCAAAUUUUACCUUGGCUCUUCCAUAUGUUCAAUUGGCAAACUACCUGACCCGUGACAAGGUUGGAAAAUACGGCGUGCCGCAGCAUAUUAUUCGGCUGAGUGUCGGACUUGAGGACAAGGAACAGCUUCUCCAGGUCGUAGCAGCUGCCCUUGGAGAAGUCGAAAGACUUGAAUCUUGA